UCCCAACUCAUCUCUGUAUUUGAUACCUUCUUGCCGUUUCUUGAUUAUUUACGUGUGAAGAUGAGGUAGUGACGGAUUGUUUAUAAUUUACAGUGCAAACAGUACACAAUGUUGCAGACUUUGCGUGAGAGGUCCCAAAAACGGAAAAAAUUACUGGCGCAAACGUUAGGAGUUUCAAGCAUCGAUGAGCUUCGGCAGAUCCUAGGGACAGAUAUAGACGAGGUGCAAAAGAAGAAAGGGAAGGUCUCUUCCGUUAAGCAAGAUGUUGAGACUAAAAAUGUUAAAGGCAAUGCUGCUCCGAUGGACGAAAUUGUUUAUAAAGAUUCAUCGACGUUCUUAAAGGGCACGCAAUCUUCUAAUCCACAUAAUGAUUAUUGCCAACACUUUAUUGACACGGGCCAGAGGCCUCAGAAUUUUAUCAGAGACGUAGGACUCGCGGAUAGAUUCGAGGAGUAUCCCAAACUGCGUGAAUUAAUUAAGUUGAAGGAUGAUCUAAUCUCGGAGACCGCGACACCUCCAAUGUAUUUAAAAACUGAUUUACUGACGUUCAACUUAAAAGACCUUAAUAGUAAAUUCGACGUUAUCCUCAUUGAACCACCACUUGAGGAAUAUCAGAGAACUUGUGGAGCGACGAACGUACAGCUUUGGAAUUGGGAUCAGAUACUAGAACUUGAUAUUGGAGAAGUCGCAGCGAACAGAAGUUUUGUAUUCCUGUGGUGUGGCAGUAGCGAUGGACUAGACAUGGGGCGCUUUUGUUUACGCAAAUGGGGCUUCAGACGAUGCGAGGACAUUUGCUGGAUUCGCACCAACAUUAACAAUCCUGGUCAUAGUAAAAAUUUGGACAGUAAGGCAGUUCUUCAGAGAACAAAGGAACACUGCUUAAUGGGCAUCAAAGGAACUGUACGAAGAUCUACCGAUGGUGAUUUCAUCCAUGCUAAUGUGGACAUCGAUCUAAUCAUCUCGGAGGAACCAGAAUACGGAUUGAUAGAAAAGCCAGUUGAAAUAUUUCAUAUUAUUGAACAUUUCUGCCUGGGCAGAAGACGGUUACACCUAUUCGGUCGUGACACCACAAUCAGACCAGGUUGGCUUACGAGAGGAUCGAAGCCCUCCGGCCAAAAUCUCCACCACCGAAGAGCAAAGCCUCUGGCAGGGGUAGAGGAGGCUUCAGUCGAGGCAGAGGGAGAGGAAGAUAAUCAUACUCCAUGGUCGUCAUCGUGUUAUAAAUGUUACAACGCAUUUAUUAAUAAAACCUACUUGGGUACAUUUCAAAACGCAUUUACUCAGCUGUAUAGAUCAUACUUUAUUCCUUUAGAUUUGUCUCCAAUGAAUAAUUAGACAGUCACUUAUAUAAGGUUCCUACUAUUCACAU